AUGAGCUUCUUUUUAAGCAUAUAACCUUACACUCGCGAAAAAAUAUAAAAUUAGGUGAAUAACUAAAAUAACUAUUAAUGUACUCAUACCAAUUCUGAAAAAGAUAAUUAACACCUAAUGAAUAUCACAUUUGCAAAAAGGUAUAGGUAAGUAGGGUAAGUAGAUUUCUAAAGCUAAUUUCAAUCAAGAAUAAAUUCAGAUAAUCAAAUUUCAUUUCAAAAAAUUUAGAAUUAAAGUAAAAACAACUUAAGCUACUCUCAUUCUUAAUUCUCUCAUUAAAAAUAAAACCAAAAGUUUUUGAGCAAUAUCAGUAACUUUCUUGAGUAGAUAGAGUCGCAAGGUAAUGACGGAUCUUCUUUUGAUAUAGCCAGUCAAUCUGUUAAAAAGUCAAAAACAAUCUCUAUGAACAAAGAGUAGCAUCUGAGUUAAUAGAUUGGAUUAAAUAUUUUAAACUCUAUAAAAACAGGAAUCGCUCUUAUUAACAGCAAAAAUAAACUAAUUUAUUCUAAUUCAUACUUCAAGUAGUUUUUUGGUUAAAGCAGUUAAAACAAUGCAUACAGUAGAUUUUUAAGUUUAUUUAUCAAAGAAAACCAACAGUUGAAGGCUUCAAUCAAAAAACUCAAAAAAACAAAUAAAAAUGAAGAUAAUGAUAUAUUGGAUUCUAGUUUCUCUGAGAUAUAAAUAAAUAAUAGUGUUUACAAAAAGAAUAAAACAAUCCCAAAUAAAUUAAAAGAGAGUAAAGAAAAUUUUAGAGAGAUUGGAUGCAGUUUAAAAAUGAAGAGUAGCAAGCAUAAUAAUAGAAAAUCUGAUACAAUGGUUGCUUAUAAUUAAUUUGAAGAACAACAAUGCAGUAUGUCAGAUGAAAAUUUGAAAAUGAUGUCAACAAUUCAUACAAAAAGUAAAAAAAAGUAAAAUUAAAGCAAAUCAAGAAAGAAACAAUUCUAUUUGUAGCAAAAAAGUUAAAAAUUGAAAAAAUCUAAUUCUUCAAUAAACAUCAAUAGUAAAGGGAAAAUAAAAUACAAAAAAGACAAAAAGUAAGCCUUCCAAGAUCUUACAUUAAAAUAGUAAAUAAUUCCUUUGAAUGUGUUAAAUAUUUUUUAAAAUGAUGAAGUAAUUGUGCUUGAUUUGAUUAAAAAAAUAUUAUCUGCAAAAUUUAAAAAUAAAAAGAACGUCUUUUACAGUGCAGUUAAUUUAGACGAUACUCAAGAAGAACAAUAAAAUGAUCCUAAUAUGAAUUAAAAAUGUGAAAUCAAAUCAAAUAAGCAAAGUUUUAAAGGUCUUUCGAAUAAAGGCAAAAUAGAUCAAGAAGGAAACUAAAUUAAUUAUUAUAUUGAAAGAAAUAACUUAAUCAUAAAUUUUAGUUAAAAAGGUGAUUUUUUUUAAUACUUACAACUAAAAUUAGGUGUUUAUUAAAAUGUUACAGAUAUGUAAAGCUUUAACUCUUAUGAGGAAGAUGAACUGAGAGACUAAAUUUUUAUUCUUGUAGAAAUUUCAGACUAAAGUUAAAUCUAAAUAAAUGUAUAAGAAAGAGAGAUUUCUGAGUAUAAAAAUAGGAUGCUUUCUUCAGUUACACACGAAUUAAGAACACCUCUAAACUGUAGUAUUUAAAUGCUUGAAUUACUGCAGCUCAAAUUAAAUGAAGAUCAAUUUUAUAAGGUGCAACAAAAAGAAGAACAAAUAAAUCCAAUUAUAGAAGCAAAAGAACAAUUUUUAAAACCUGCUUUACUUUCAAACUAUCUCCUUUUAAACAUAAUAAAUGACAUUUUGGACUAUGGCCAAAUUAACUCUGGUUAUUUUUAACUUUCCUUUAAACCUUUUGCUAUAUUAGAGUUGAUGACAGAGUGUGCAGAAAUGAUUUCUUUCUAAGCUUCCCUAAAAGGACUGAUAGUCGAACUAAAUUUAGACCCUAAUUUACCAUAAAUAAUAAAUUCUGAUUAAAAUAGGAUCAAAUAAGUCUUACUUAAUCUGCUAAGCAACUCCCUCAAAUUUACUGAAGAGGGGCACAUAGAAAUUAAUGUUUAAAGAGAAUCAAAUGAGCUCAUAAGAAUAGAUGUAUGUGAUACUGGAGUAGGGAUCCCAAAGAAUAACUUGUACAAAAUAUUCGAUUGUUUUGGUGAUAAGUCUAAACAAAGCAUACUAAAUACACGAGGAGCAGGACUGGGUUUGAGUAUUGCAAAUAGUUUAGCUAUGGGCUUAGGUGGUAAUAGAAGAAUAUAAGUAGUUUCAAAAGAGAAUCAAGGCACUAUUUUUAGUUUCUUUAUAAUAAAUAGACAACAAAAUAAAAAGGGAUGUUAAUUCAAUCUGAAAGAUGUAUUUAACAAAAAACUCAUAAGAUGGGAAACAAUGAAUAAUAAUCCAGAAAAUUAUUUUGCUAAAUCCAGUAGCUCAUCGAUUGUCUAAAAGGCUUUGAAGCGCAUUUAAACCAAUGACAGUAUAACAAACUAUUCGAAUAACUCAAGAUAUAAUGCUGAUCCCAAUCUUUGUGGACUAGGAAGUGAAUAAAAUGAAAAUACAUUAUAUAAUGAUUAAAUGUCAGUUAAAACUUUUUCUGUAGCAAACAAUUUAAUUACAUUUACUAUAAAACCCUCAUCUAAAUAAUAACAAGAAGUAGGCAGUGUUCCAACCCGUAAUAAAAGUGUUUCUAUGAACCUAACUAUAAGUACAUAAUAAAGAAAACAGCUAGGACCAAACAGGAUAUCUUCAAACUAUGACUAAAAUGUUUCCUUGAAUAGUUUUGGGGAUGAAAAGUAGCAAAAUGAAUUUACUAAAAAUUCUAAAAUUGAUUAUAAAAAUUUUAACUUUAAGAUUAAUGCAAACCAAGGAAUUUAGCAAAAUGGAAUUGAGCGAUUCGACUCUUCCUAGAUACUUGAAGAUGCUGCUUAAGAAGCUUUCUAUAUACCAAACGAAUCAUAUAUAAAGGGAACAAUCAAAGGCCAGCAUAUUUUGAAUUUUUUAAACUAAAGAUCAGAGCUAUACUAAUAGACACAAGGUUCAAAUCACGAUAUUUAUCCCUAGAUAUAAAUUGACUAAUAUCCAAAUUAUGAAGAUUUAAAAGUUAAUAUAAAAAAAAAAUUGUCAACUAGCAGUGUAGGUUCAUCAAAAAUAGGCAGUAUUGACAAUAGAUUAAAUUCUAAUUUAACACCUAUUGAUUCUUAUACUAAUUUUCAACCAGAUUAAAGGAAAGAAACAAUCUUGAAAUAGCUAACAGAUUAUAAUAAAAAAUAGCUAUGUAACUGCACUUAGAUUCUUGUUGUUGAUGAUAAUGACUUUAAUUUAUAUGUUCUAUUUCUGCGUUUAAAAACAUAUGGUUUCAAGAUAGAAAAGGCUGGUAGUGGAGAAAUUGCAAUCUAGAAGGUUCGACAAAAACUCAAUUCGUAAGAGUGUUGCAGAAAAUAUAAGCUAAUAUUCAUGGAUAUAGAUAUGCCAGUAAAAGAUGGACAUCAAACUACAGCAGAAAUAAACAAUUUUUUUUUAAACUAAAACAUGCAGCCCCCUCCUAUUUCUGCAUAUACUGCUUAUGUACAAUAAAAAGAAAUAAAUAAAGCAUUUGAAAGCGGAAUGAAAUACUAUAUAACAAAACCAAUAAAUUAAAAAGAUCUGGAAGAAGUUUUAUAUUAAGUAUUUCAUAAAUUAUUUUGA